AUGGUGCCUCAUGGUGCCUCAUGGCGCCUCAUGGUGCCUCAUGGUGCUUCAUGGUGCCUCAUGGUGCUUCUAGUGCAUCAUGGUGCUUCAUGGUGCCUCAUGGUGCUUCUGGGGCCUCAUGGCGCCUCAUGGUGCCUCAUGGCGCCUCAUGGUGCCUCAUGGUGCCUCAUGACGCCUCAUGGUGCUUCAUGGUGCCUCAUGGUGCCUCAUGGUGCUUCAUGGUGCUUCUGGUGCCUCAUGGCGCCUCAUAGGUGCCUCAUGGUGCCUCAUGGUGCGUCAUGGUGCCUCAUGGUGCUUCAUAGGUGCCUCAUGGUGCCUCAUGGUGCUUCAUGGUGCCUCAUGGUGCCUCAUGGUGAGUCAUGGUGCCUCAUGGUGCCUCAUGGUGCCACAUGCUGCAUCAUGGUGCCUCAUGGUGCUUCAUGGUGCCUCAUGGUGCGUCAUGGUGCCUCAUGGCGCCUCAUGGUGCCUCAUGGCGCCUCAUGGUGCCUCAUAGUGCCUCAUGGCGCCUCAUGGUGCCUCAUGGCGCCUCAUGGUGCCUCAUGGUGCCUCAUGGUGCCUCAUGGCGCCUCAUGGUGCCUCAUGGUGCCUCAUGGCGCCUCAUGGUGCCUCAUGGUGCCUCAUGGCGCCUCAUGGUGCCUCAUGGUGCCUCAUGGCGCCUCAUGGUGCCUCAUGGUGCCUCAUGGCGCCUCAUGGUGCCUCAUGGUGCCUCAUGGCGCCUCAUGGUGCCUCAUGGUGCCUCAUGGCGCCUCCUGGUGCCUCAUGGUGCCUCAUGGCGCCUCAUGGUGCCUCAUGGUGCCUCAUGGCGCCUCAUGGUGCCUCAUGGUGCCUCAUGGCGCCUCAUGGUGCUUCAUUGCGCCUCAUGGUGCCUCAUGGUGCCUCAUGGUGCCUGGAGACCAGUGCCACCACUAG